AUGUUCAUAUACUCUGAAGUCGCCGCAGUUGCCUCAAUCUAUGAAAAAUACAAGAAAGCUGCCAACCUGCAUGCGGGGAUCGAGCUUCUCGAAAACAGCACUGGUCCAAAAGCUCUCAAGACCAGAUCCAAGGUCGAUGUGCAUGUAGAAGAAGGCAUGGCUGAACCCCCGGAGCAAGAACUCCAAGAAACGCACUGGCUGAGUUAA